AUGUCGGCCAGCUUUGAGCAGACUCGCAGGCAGCGCGCGCGAAGUGGCCCUGCCCUCGGCCUCGCCGCGGACUUGUACAACGCGUCCAUCCCGCAGACGACUGUUCCAGCGAUCCCUCCAUCGCUCAUUCCAGGGAACAUCAACGGUGUUCGCUCGUCCUCUCCACAUUUCCCGGGUAGUAUACCCAAUGUACAUGGCUCUACGCUGCCUCCUGGAGCGAUGAUUCCAGGACCUGCCCGACGGCGCGAUUAUUCCUCGCCGCCUGGCAGACCAUCGUCGCACUAUACCUCGCCCGUGCGCGGCGCCACAUCUCCACCGUUACCAGUCAAACCAUGGGCUGAUCACUCGUCGCCGCCAUUGCCGCCGAAGUUUCCUUUGACGUCCAGGCAAGGCUCGGCAUUGUCGUUUUAUAACACUGCCGUCGUUACCGCCUCCCCUGGACCGUAUACGACCACGUUCCCACCAGCGCCUAUGCUGCACGUACCUGAACCUCUGCGGGCGCCAUCUCCAGUGCCUGCACGACUACCCACUCCUGGCCCGCGACAUACGAGACACGAGCCACCUCUCUCACAACACCCAGCUCCUCUUGCAGAGGUCUCUUCUGUUGUACGGCCGAUUCCCGUAUCGGCUGCGCCGUCCGCCGCGCUGUUGGUUGCCGAACCGGACCCGUUUGACGAGGAGAUCGUACGUCAGGCCUUGGAAGCGUCCAUGCGUGAAGAGGCUAGCAAGCAAGACCUCGCGUCGCGCGAAGAGGAGGAACUGGCAAGGGCCCUCGAAGCGUCUAUGGGACCGGAUUCAUCACAGCGCCCGGAGGUGCUAUCUAUGCCCAUUGCAUCUACGUCUACGUCUCACCUGUACUCGCGACCACAACCUAAACCACCUUCCGUCUCGCUCCGGUCGAUUGAUCAAGAGUCGCUCUCAUCAUCACAAUCUACGACAACGGUCACACUAAAUAGCCCCACGGCGUCUUCUUUGUUCUCGACUGUAACAUAUGACCGCUCUUCCAUAGCGACCUCUCUACAACCGGCCCCUGCGGUACCAGCCCUACUAAUAAAACACACUACUCCACCCUUGGAGGUCGCGCAGUCGGCACCCGCAGUUACCAGUGCGGCGCUUUCGGAAUACCCGUUCCCGCAAUCGCACGCGGACAUCAGCCGUGCGGACCAACUGGUAGCGGACGAAGCGCUCGCGCGGCGCUUGGCCCUAGAUGAUGACGCCCAGAGCCAGGAUACUACUCAUUCCUCUGCAUCCAUAUCUACAUCCUCGCCAACCCACUCGUCUACGCCACAGGGAAUCCAUUCGCAACCACAGUCACACUUCUCAUCACCCAAACAAGAGACACUUAUCCCUCAACGCCGUGCACACAGUACUUCCGAUCUCCCAUCGAUUGCCCCGACUUUCGCGUCCUCGUCCUCGAAACAGCCAACAGUCGUCGAGGAGGAUAUGCCCAAGAAGACCGUUUCUACAGGACCUACACAGCGGUCGGCGAACCAGUUCGUCGAACCUGAGCUAUUGAUGGGUUUGUCGUUUGGCUUCUUCACGCCGCCCAUGACCCCGCAUCAGGUCCUGUGGAAGGAACCGAUCCCGAACAUCUUUUCGCUACCGUACGGCAAGGCGCCGCCCAUGCACAUCCAGGCGACCAGCUGGAAGCACCUCUUACGCCUCGCGGCUAAGCUCAGCGCAACACGAGUGGAACCAGCGUUGGACGCACUCGCCGUAACGAAGGACCCACUGAGACUCCGGGUGGUCGUGCAGUUCAUCAAGAAUCAUCACGCGUCGAAUGACUGGCGCACGGUCAUUUACCUGACAGUCGAUCACCCUCCGCCGCCGAAGCUGCCGACCAUCGCGAAAUACACCUCGGCCGAUCCGAACCAGUUGCCGUUCAGCUAUACGUUGUCGUCCAAGCCCGCGUUGCUGCGUGAUGGACCGGAGAACGCACUCAGCAAGUACUUUGCCAUCCCGCCGACCGCAACGAUGCCCCUGCCCGCGCUGCCGAUCACGCUGCCUAAUCUCGCGCUGUACCUUGCGCAGGCGCUCGAGGACAGUCGGCGCGCGGCGGCCGCCAAGGAUGAGGUUCUCGGCCGCCUCGCCCGACUCGUGGACUCGUGUUAUCCUAUGGAUGCCGCCCUCGACGAAGAGGACGACGGGCCCGGCGGGCGCCGCGGCUUGCGCAACUUUGCAGGCAGGUUCAUGAAGCGCAACAAACAACAAGUCAAGUCGCGGAAUGCUGACGUCUACGAGCUCGUUACGCCAUUUGUUCCGGACGAGUGGGGUUAG